ACGUAAGUCUCUCUCUGCUGCGUUUGUCAGCUUCACCAUGGCCUAUUUACUAUAAUGUGCUUUGGGUUAGCUUUUCUCGUCUAUGAACUCUCACAGUCUCACAACACACUCUCCAUUGUCAAACAAUUACAUGCCCUCACCAUCAAGUAUCACCUAUCUUUCGAUCCUUUCUACGCUACCAAAAUCAUUCGUUUAUAUGCACUUAAUAAUGACCUUCAUUCUGCCCGCAUUGUAUUUGAUAGAAUUCCCUGCAGAAGCGUUUACCUUUGGAAUUCCAUCAUCAGAGCUUACGCUAGGGCUCAUCAAUUUAACCAUGCCUUAUGUUUAUUUAGUCAGAUGCUAAGAACAGAAAUUGAACCUGAUAACUUCACUUUUGCUUCUGUUAUACGUGCCUGCUCGGACUAUCUGGACGAAGUGGAUCUGAGAGUUGUUCAUGGACGAGUGAUUAUAGCCGGCUUGGGGUCAGAUUCGAUUUCUAGUAGUGCACUUGUGAGAGCUUAUUCAAGAGUACGCUUUGUUGAUGAAGCUCGUAGAGUGUUCAAUGGGAUGCCCAAACCAGAUUUGGUUAUGUGGAAUUCAAUGGUUUCAGGUUAUGGGUCUUCUGGAUGCUGGGACAAGGGCCUGGAAUUGUUUAGAAGAAUGCAGAAAAUGGGGGAAAGGCCAGAUGGGUAUACUAUGGUUGGAUUACUCUCGGGUUUAUGGGAACCCAGCUUACUUCAAGUUGGAAAGGGGAUUCAUGGUCUUUGUUUGAAAAAUGGAUUUGAGUCGUACGCACAUGUGGGAAGUGCACUUGUGACUAUGUACUCAAGGUGUGGUUGCUUGAGUUCUGCUUAUGGAGCUUUUAAUAGUCAAUCUCUGCCUGAUUUGGUUCAAUGGUCUGCUCUGAUAACUGGACUCAUUCAAUCUGGAGCUUGUGAAGAAGCCCUGUUAUUGUUCAGGGAAAUGAACCUCAAGGGUCAAAAAGCAGAUGCUAUUUCAAUUGCCAGCACACUAGCAGCUUGUGCUCGGUUGGCAAUGAUGGGACCUGGCAGGGAGAUCCAUUGUUAUGUUAUACGGCAUGGAUUUGAGUUAGAAGUCAUGGUUUCCUCUGCUCUGGUAGCCAUGUAUUCAAAGUCUGGUUUUGCUGGAUUGGGAUUUCGGGUUUUCAAAGCUAUGUCUAAAAGAAACACCAUUGCCUAUAAUUCUGUAAUUUCUGGUCUUGGUUCAAAUGGACUUGCCUCCUUUGCCUUUGAUAUGUUUAACGAGAUGUUGGAAGAGGGAUUUCAACCUGAUCAAUCCACUUUUUCUGCUCUACUUGGUACAUGCUGCCAUGCUGGGUUUGUUAAAGAUGGUUGGGAUCUUCUCAGAAGAAUGGAAAAAGAAUUUAACAUUGAACCUAGUACAGAGCAUUAUGUAUACAUGGUGAAGCUCCUUGGGAUGGCUGGAGAGUUUGAAAAAGCUUAUCAGUUAAUCCAUUCUAUUCCAGGAUACACAGAUUCUGGCGUUUGGGGUGCACUGUUAUCUUGCUGUGAGGUUCAUGGGAAUUCUGAGUUAGGAGAAGUUGUAGCCCAUCGGCUUUUUGAGAUUGCACCAGACAAAAGUGCUUAUAGGGUCAUGCUUUCUAACAUAUAUGCCAGUAAUGGGAGGUGGAAUGAUGUGAAGAGUUUGAGAGAUGAUAUGAUGGAAGGAGGGCUUCGAAAAAUGCCUGGUUUAAGUUGGACAUGAUUUACAUGCAAUUCUUGUCUUCUGACAAGACAAACAUGAUCAAGCUUUCAUAUCAGCUCCAAAAUGAGCAUUGAAAAAUAUAGCAGACUUGAGGAGCUACAAAAUAAUUUAACUCCUCAUAUUAUUUGUCACCAAUAAUUUGGAUUAGAGUCUUGCUCUUUUUCUGUUGUUGUUUUUCCAGUCUAUUAUUGUUCUGUGAGGUAGAGAACAAAGGGUGGUAGAUAGGU